AUGUUCGCAGCUUGGACGCCGACUUCCAUGACGAGCGCUAGCGAUAUAGCCGCGCGUCGGCAUGCACGCGCGCUUGCUGGCUGGCUGGGCUAUGCGUUCGCCAGCGAAGUCUUCGUGAUCGUCUCGUUGACUCUGUACCUCCCAAUAUGCCUCGAGCAGUUUGCACGAGACAAUGGAUAUCUACUACCUGAACGGACUGUACCAUGUAUCGACGCUCCACCCGACAGUACUGCUCGUUGUGUCGUGAAGCUCGGUUGGGCAUGGCUCGACACGGCGUCAUUCAGUCUUUACGUCUCUUCACUAUCCGUGGCCCUCCAAGCCUUGACAGUAAUCUCUAUUGGCGCCUUAGCCGAUACCUCCCGCCGCAAGCUGCUUUUACUAUUCUUCGCGGCCCUCGGCUCCCUCUCCGCACUCUGCUUCUUCUUCCUCCCGUCUACCUCGCUCUUCUGGUGGCUCGCCGCGCCUCUCGCGAUAUUCGCCAACGUCGGCUUCGGCGCCAGCUUCGUUGCACUCAAUGCAUACCUACCGCAACUGGCGAGGAGUGCACCGGACGUGCGGAUCGCAAGGGUGGCGUUGGCACAGGCGCAUCACGACGUUGUCAACGUUGCCGAUUCUGAACGGCCAACAGCCUUCGCUGUACAAGAUAAUUCGCUGGACGAGGAAGAUGCUUCCGCCCCUCUCUUGCAAUCAGACGACUCCUCCCGUCUACCGUCGGAAACACUGGCACUUGCACGCCAGGACUAUACCAUGGCCCUUUCUCGAGCGACGGCACGCAUCUCCGCGCAAGGCAUCGCGUUAGGAUACUCGGCCGGCAUCAUCCUUCUACUGCUUACCAUCGUUCCUGUAUCAAGACUCGGUGGGAGCACAUGGGCACUGAGAUUGGCCAUCGGAUGCAGUGGUGCAUGGUGGGCACUGUUCAGCAUCGGAGCGGGAUGGGCGCUCCCGAGUGGCGCCGAGGAAACCGAUGACGAGGACGGGGAAGAGCAGGAAGCUACGGGUGGGAAUGUGAGAGCGAGAGUUGAGGGUGCUGAAGGGUUGGGGCUGGGCGAUGAUGAGGUGGACGCAGGAAAGGAGAGAGACUGGACGGUGUGGGGAGAGAUCGUACUUGCUUGGCGCAGGCUCUUCCGCAUGCUGCGCCCAAGCGAGAUACGCAGGCUUGCCAAUACGUUCAUCUUUCUCGCCGCGUGGUUCCUGCUCUCGGAUGGAUUCACUACCAUCACGUCGACAGCGGUGCUGUUCGCGAAGACAACCCUCAAGCUUCCUCCGAGCACACUCAUCCUCGUCGGCGUCCUCACGCCCUCAGCCGGCAUAAUAGGCGCCCUCGCCUGGCCCAUGCUCCAACGCCGCCUCCGCCUCUCCAACCUCUCAACACUCCUCGUCCUCGUCUCCCUAGCAAUGCUCGUCCCCGCGUACGGCUGCCUCGGUCUCUCCCCCACCAUCCGCAAACACGGACUGGGAUUGGUAACGAACUGGGAGAUGCUGGUACUCGCGGUCUACUUCGGGAGCGUGUAUGGCGCGUUCCAGAGUUAUGCGCGGGCGCUGUAUGCGGAGGUCAUUCCGAGGUCGCAGGCGGCGAGGUGGUACGCGCUGUUCAGUAUCACGGAUAAGAGCAGCUCUUUCCUUGGGCCGCUUGCUGUGGGUCUCAUUGCGGAUGGAACGGGCAACAUCCGAUACGCAUUUCUCCUUCUAACCGGCGUGCUGCUCUUAGCGCUGCCUAUCCUCUCGCGUGUAGAUGUUGCGAAAGGUGCAGAGGAUGCGGAGAAGUAUGCCGUGCGGGAGGGCGGGGAGCGAAGGAGGGCGCAAGCAUGA